AUGUCGCUCUUUACCGAAAUUUCUAUACCACAACUCAACCUUUCGUACCAGCAGCCUCUCGGGCUGUUCAUCAACAACAAAUACGUCGCUUCCAGCGAUGGGUCGCACAUCGAAACAGUCAACCCUGCCACCAACCAGCCUAUCACUUCGUUUCACGCGGCCUCGUCCUUGGACGUCGACAGAGCCGUUGCUGCUGCCAGAGAGGCGUACGAGAGCACUUGGAGCAAGACCUCUGGGGAAUAUCGAGGCGCGCUGCUGGCCAAGCUGGGCAGACUCAUCGACGACAACAAGAGUCUGCUGGCGGCGAUCGAAACUCUGGACUCAGGCAAACCGUAUCACUCCAAUGCGCUGGCCGACCUCGACCAGAUUAGCCAGUUGACUACCUACUAUGCCGGCGCCGCUGACAAGUUCUCCAAGGGCCAGAUGAUCCCUAUCAACCACGAUAAAUACGCGUACACCGUCAAGGCUCCCUACGGCGUCGUGGGACAGGUGGUCCCAUGGAACUACCCUCUUGCCAUGGCGAGCUGGAAAAUCCAAGGUGCGCUUGCUGCUGGUAACACCAUUGUCAUCAAACCUGCCGAGAAUACAUCGCUGUCGCUGUUGUACUUCGCACAACUUUUCAAAGAAGCAGGGUUUCCACCUGGCGUGGUGAACGUGCUUCCAGGUUUGGGAUCCGUCACUGGACAGGCUUUGGCGUCCCACAUGGACAUAGAUAAGAUCGCCUUUACAGGCAGCACCGCCGUCGGGCAAAGAGUCAUGGCCGCGGCCGCAACCUCGAACCUGAAGGCCGUCACUCUGGAGUGCGGUGGCAAGUCUCCUGCUGUUAUUUUUGAAGAUGCAAAUUUGGACGAGGCCGCGAAAUGGACCGCAGCUGGUAUUUUCUACAACUCGGGUCAGAACUGCACGGCCAACUCUCGUUUGGUAGUCCAAGAGUCUAUCUACGACGAGUUUCUUGCCAAAUUUGUCGACCAUGCCGAAAAAGAAUGGAAAUUCGGUGCCAGUGGCGACCCCUUUGACGAGUCCUGCACCGUGGGGCCCGUCAUAUCGAAAGUUCAGUUCGACAGAAUCCACAGCUACAUUGACCAUGGCAAAACUUCUGAGAAGUUGACUAUCAAGCAGCUGGGUGCCUCCGAGACCACCCAGCCUGGCUUUUUCAUCCCUCCAACCAUCUUCACUGAUGUGACGUACGACUCUAAGCUAGCCCAAGAAGAGAUUUUUGGGCCCGUGGUAGUUGUGCUGAAAUUCAAAGACUACAACGAUGCCAUCAAGACUGCCAACAACUCCGACUAUGGCUUAGCAGCAGCUGUAUUCACUGAGGACAUCCGCAAGGCUAAUCAUUUUGCCAGAGACAUCAAGGCAGGAACUGUUUGGCUCAACUCCUCCAACGACGAAGAAACAAGUGUUCCAUUUGGAGGCUACAAGAUGAGUGGCAUUGGCCGCGAACUGGGAGAAAGUGGCAUGGAAGCUUAUACGCAAACCAAAGCCGUGCACGUUAACAUGUCAAAGCUAUAA